AUGCGACUACUACUAUGGACUAUGCUCGUAGCAUUAGCCACGGUUUUGUCGUGUUGUGAGGCUGAUUCGCCAAACGUGAGGAAGAUGGCGUUGUCCAUACGUGGUGUUGCUGCUGACGACGUUCUCGACAGUAAAAACACGAAAGCAAACGACGGAAGGAGCAAGAUUGCUAGUGCGGGAAAGAAAAACUGGGAUGAAGAAGAGAGAGGUCUCUUUCAGAAGCUGAGGGCAUUAUUCAAUGCCCUAAAACUAAAAUUUGAGAAUUGGAUGAUGAAAAGCCUUCAAACGAGUUUCCAGGAGAUGGCUAACAAGGGCACAACGGUCACGGAGCUAACGGAGACCUUCAGGGUCAGAUUAAUGGGAACCGGCUUAUGGUCGACGCCAUCAGGGUAUAAAAGCUACAUCAACAGCUACAGGAAGUGGUGCCAAAAGUAUUAUCCGGAUCUUGCGCAGUGA